CGUAGAAACGAACCGACUGCGAUGAAAUACCCGAAUAAAUUAAAUACAUUCGGAGUGGCUGAAAUAAUUGUCCUCAUUAAUGGCGCAGUGAGUCUUUGAUUAAGUCACCCUGAUUGUGAUAUUUUGUCAGAACUUGCUAGAGAGGAUAUGUUCACUGUAACCAACAAUUGAUUCUGUAAUUAUACCUCGGUGUUUAAUGGGAAAUACAUCCUGAUUGUUCCGAGUUAUGGUGUUUAAGUGUCAGUCAAGCAAUUUUGUAUCGACGAGUUGUCAGCCGCCACAAUCUAAAGGAAAGAAAAUUAAGUUAAUUGAUAUUAAAACGGAUUUUUCUUAACCAAAUUACUUUAAUUUAUAGAUUGGAGUCUUAAAAUAACAUGAAAACAUGGAUAUAUGAGACCGGUAGUUUAUAUAGGGCUUUUUACCAGUAGAUGCUUCGGAUGUGAAUUAUUUUUGCUAGCUGUUUUUAGGGAUUAUCCUGGUUCGGACACCACAUGGAUCGCCACAGCUCCUCGUGUAUGUUUUCAGUUACUGUAGUGCUGACAACAAUCUUUGUGUGUAUCUUUCAAAUAUCUUCCGAGAUCACGUUUGGAAAAGUGAAAAGACGCACCAACCUGGAAAAUAAACCUCAGGAUGUCAGAAUGUUAUGGCAACUUCACAAAAGUGGAACACCAGUAUGUGUUGGGGAAUGCGCACGGGAUGAGAAAUGCGCAAGCAUAUUUUACAACAAAAUUACUGGACAUUGUCAAGGUCAUUCGAUAACUUUUGGCGAACCGUUAACGACCUCAGAUGUAGAAAACUACCGGUACUAUGUUCUUCCGCAUGGUGAACAAUACAUAGGUGAUUCUUGUGGGGUAAAUGACGACUGUUUGACAGUACAUUCCGAAUGUCGGACAGAGAUUUGUCAGUGUAAACCGGGCUACAGCUUUUCUCCGAGAACCCAUGAGUGCAAAGUGUGCACGAGCUAUGGAAGCGAAUAUUGGGAGAUAAUAGACCACUAUAUCAGUGGUAAAAACAUGGAAACAAUCGAAGAUAAGACGUUACAAGAGUGUUUCGAGCUUUGCAAUACACGCACGGGGUAUACGUGUGUGUCUAUAGAAUAUGGACGGACCACAAGAAAGUGUUACUUAGGAAACAUAACAGUUUUAGACUUCCCAGACCGAUGGUAUCAUGAUGACGUACAAACGUUUAAUAUUUCUUACUACCAGAGAGACUGCGAGUAAGAUAUGUACGACACAGUUCUAACAGUGUCUGAUCAUACUCGAAAUUGUACGAGAAGUGUAUCCCUUGUAAUUGAAUACUAUGAAUUUUAAAUCUCUGAGAAGUAGCACAAGAAUUUCAAAAGUUGUGCAUUGCACUGUUUCUAACAUUGCAAUAUCUUUUACGUUCUUUGAGUCGUAAAUUGAUGUGAUCGCAGAAAUAUGUGACAAAUUAGAAAAUCUAGUGUCUUUAGAUACUAAGAAUUCAUAUCAGAAUAUAACAAAUGUGAUAAAUGGGCACUGCUUUAUCAUUUUUACAAGAUAAUUAGUACUAAUAAAAAUAGUUUACGAUGCAAGAAGC